AUGUUUCCUGGAAUUAAUAUUCCAUAUCUCUAUCUCUCCAAAGCCAUCGGAGCAUCCGUCGAUGAGGUCAAAUUGAUCAGCAUAUUCCUCUUUUCGUAUCCUCUGGCCGCGGCCCUGAAACGAAUUCCCGAUGUAAAGCCAUGGCAGAAGAACUUGUUUAUCACGGCGGUGUCGCUAUUUUACCUCGUGGGGAUCUUCGACCUGUGGGAUGGAGUCCGGACGCUGCUCUAUAGUUCGGUCGGAGCCUACGCAAUAGCAUACUACAUUGAUGGCUCCCUCAUGCCCUGGAUUGCGUUUGUCUUUCUCAUGGGACAUAUGUCAAUCAGUCAUAUUCAGCGGCAGAUGCUCAAUGACCCGUCGGUCAUCGAUAUCACGGGGGGGCAGAUGGUCUUGGUCAUGAAAUUGAGCGCCUUCUGCUGGAACGUUCACGAUGGACGUCUCAAACCCGAACUCAUGACCGACAGCCAGAAAGAGCGCGCCAUUUACCAGAUGCCCGACUUCAUCGAUUACGCCGGCUAUGUGUUCUUCUUCCCCUCCGUCUUCACGGGGCCAGCGUUCGAUUAUGUCGAUUAUCGUCACUGGAUCGAGACCACCAUGUUCGACGUCCCUCCGGGUACCAAAACGCCUCCUCCGACGAGGGGUAAGCGCCGCAUUCCACGUUCAGGCACUCCCGCAGCGUGGAAGGCCAUCACGGGCCUUGCCUGGAUCGGCCUCUACAUCCAAUUCUCCGGCUGGUAUAACGUCGACGUGGUCCUCUCGGAUCAAUACAUGAAAUAUUCCUUCCCCUAUCGGGUGUGGCUCCUGUACAUGCUCGGCUUCACUUCUCGACUGAAAUAUUACGGCGUUUGGACCUUGACUGAAGGCGCUUGUAUCAUGGCCGGAAUAGGCUAUAACGGAAUUGACCCCGCCACGGGCAAAGCGAAAUGGGACCGUGUCCAAAAUGUGUAUCCAUGGGGCAUUGAAAGCGCCCAAAAUUCACACGCAUACCUCGACGGCUGGAACAAGAACACCAACAAGUGGCUGCGCAACUACGUCUACCUGCGCGUGACACCGAAGGGCAAAAAGCCAGGGUUCCGCGCCACCCUGGCGACCUUUAUCACAUCCGCAUUCUGGCACGGCUUCUAUCCCGGAUACUACCUGACCUUCCUCAUGGGCGCACUCAUUCAGACCGUGGCGAAGAAUUUCCGCCGAUACGUUCGACCAUUUUUCCUCACGCCGGAUGGGAGCAAGCCGACAAAAUACAAAAUUUACUACGACAUCGCGGGUUACAUAGCCACGCAACUAGCAUUUUGCUUCACGACGGCGCCCUUCGUGAUUCUCGGAUUCAACGACUCCCUCACAGUUUGGGCGCGAGUCUACUUCUACGCAGUCAUUGGCGUCGCGCUGUCCAUGGCCUUCUUCGCCUCCCCGGCGAAGGCCUAUCUGAUCCACACGCUGGACAAACGUAACUACCCAUAUGUGCACAAAACCGUCGCUCAAGAAACAACUCGGCCACCCACACUUGGUCUGCCGGAUGAUCCGGAAAGGGAAAUCGACGAAGCCAUUGAGGAGAUCCGGCAGGAAGUCGAGGUCCGAAGGCGCAGCGGCAGUAAAGUCACCAUGCCCAGCGGGGAGGGUCUCAAGGCUGCAAUUGAGGGGAAAUUGGGUCGGAAAUUGAAUUUCCCUGAGUUUAACGUGGGCCCGAGUGCUGGUGCCGACGUUGUCGAUGGCAAGACUGCGAAGGAGAAUGGAGAGAGUCUCAAUUCGACCUCGAUUACCGUGGGUGAGAGUGACAAGAAAUCGAAAUGA